AUGGAUAAAAGCGAUUUAUAUCGUUUUGCUCUUUUGAAUCAUUGGAGAAAGGAAAGGGAAAAGUAUCCCCGACCUAAUCCAUAUGAGGAUGGUAGCGAAUUCGAAGAUGAAUUCGAUUUGGAUGAUAUUGAAUUGGAUGAAAUUGAUUUUGAUGAGGAAUAUAUGAUGGAGUUAAGAGCUGAGGUGCCAUCAUCUGAUGAUGAUGAGGUUAAUGAUGAUGAGGUUGGGGAUGAUGAUGAUGAGUGUGAUGAAGUUGGUGAUGAGGUUAAAAACGAGGAUAAUAAUAAUAAUGAGGGUGAUGGAGUUGAGGAGCUGAUUAGAGAGGAAUUGACUUACCCAACGUUCCUAUUCAGCGAUGUACAGAUAGCGAGGCUAUAUAAGAUGGAUGUAGUGCACGAUAAGGAUUCAAUCGAAUUUGGCAUUGAGGACGAUAGAUUGAAAAGUCGUGAUGGUCCCUUCCUAAGAGAUGAAGUAGACUUUUGGCAAAGAAGUGAUAUUGAGCUGACCAUCAAUGAACCCUCUGAACAAAAAGAGAAGGGAUGCUUUCAUUUUUUCUCUCGAAUGUUCAGGAGAUUGUUCAAGAGAAAAUAA